AUGCAAGAAGCGAAUCAUUUCCAAAAGAUCAAGAAACUUAGGCUAGCAAAGGAUGAGCUAGCGCCGCUGGAAGGGUAUUAUCAUGUAGGGCGUUUCGAGCAAGGGGCCAAACGCACUGCAGCUACAAAUUCAAGUAAUGCUUCCAAGAGAUUAAGUCAAGGAUCGCUACCUUCUGUGAACCCGGCACUUCCUCUUCAAGCUCAACAUACAGGCCAAAGUACUUCGGCUUUCAGCACGCAGAGUGCCGCGCGAUCACCUCUCGCAAGAGGCUCUGACCUUCCAGGUACAUCUGGAACCGAUGUCCCAGCUUGGAGAGCAGCUAUGUUAAAACAAGCUACUUCGCCACCCAAAGACCCAGAGGAAGUACAGGCUGAACCUCCAGUGGAGGCGACACCCAAUCAGACAGAAGAACCUCCAAAGGAUUUAGAAGAGAAAAGACCCUCAGACGAUGUAACUGAACCAGCCCCCAUUGACGUUGCCGCCAAUGAGUCCGUGGCGACCAGCAAGGAGCCUCCAGCGCCUGAGCAGUCCGAGGAUACAUCGAAAACGACGAGGAAGGCGGUCCCGACAAGUGGUACAACCCAAGGAACUGGUGCUUCUAAGACCAGACCAGGGACUACUACCAAAGCCACUAGUUCUGCCCCCAAGUCGACCAAAUCACCUCCUGUAUCUCGUCCAGCCACUCUCUCCAGGGCUACUGGCUCGGCAGCUGCAAAGACUUCACGUCCAUCUGUAGCGCAACCUACUUCUACAGCCCCUAAGACCCAAACUACUGGAACUUCCUCUACUACAGGUAGCACGAACAGUCGAUUGUUUGCUCCUACAGCAUCAUCGAAGGCGCGAAAUACCGACGCUGGUGGUCCCGCUCCGACAGCUACUAGCAAGACUCCCAAUACUACAAGCUCUUCUGGAACAAAGAAGACUACUAGUAGUACUACUACCGGGCCUACAUCACCAGCCAAGAAAGUUGUUCCCAAAACCACUACCACAAGCUCUACAUCAGCCACAUCUUCAACUGCCAGAAAGACUCCACUCCCACGAUCGACAGGAGGUGCUGCGACACCUACACCUACGGCGAGGAAGGCUACUACAACUCCUGCUUCCACUUCGACAACUUCGAGGACAGCGGCGCUAUCAAAGGCACCUGCGGCAAAAUCAACGACUACAGCUCCUAGAAGUGGUGUUUCUACCGCAGCUAAGGGUAAAGCCUUGUCCAGCCCAAGCAAAGCAGCAGCUCCUAUUAAAACAGUCACAUUAAAGAGAGCCAAAAAACCGGAUGAAGUAACUAAGGAGGCUCCGCAGCACAUAGAAGCACCAUCACAACCCGCGGUUGCUGAGGCUUCUAAUGUAUCCCCCGAGCACGCAGAGGAAGCCCCUCACGAGCAAGACAGUGCGGUGCCUGAGCACAAGUCGGCAGAAGAGGGAAAUGGAUAUGAAGAAAAGAUACUCUCACAGGAGCAUGAGCAAAUGUACGGGCAUGAGGAAGCGCCUAAAAGUGAGAAAUCCCACGAAGAUGCUCAAGAGGCCAAGGAGGAUAUAGAUGAUGCUAUAGAUGCAGGGCAUCAUGGAGUAGAAGAAGAGAAUGUCGCCGAAGAAGAGACUGCACAUGAUGAUCUUCACGAAGGGGAACUGCUUCAUUCGGAAGAAGACGUGGCUGCGGCUGAAAGUCAUGAGGAGGAACUCGAAGAGGGUUAUGAAGAGGACCAUAAGGAGGGCCAUGGAGAGGGAGACGAAGAACAUGAAGAGGGGCAUGAAGAAGGACAUGAAGAAGGACAUGAAGAAGGACAUGAAGAAGAGUACGAAGAGGGACACGAGGACGAGCAUGAAGACGAGCAUGUUCACACAUCCUCUGAGGCCCAUGAGGAGCCUGAAGCUGAGGCUGAAGAAGACACACAGGGAGGGGGCCUAGAGGAUGCUGUAGCCCUACUAGAAACACGUCGUGCCCCUGUUGAUUUGUUCUCGCCUGGAUAUUCGGAGGAAAAGCACGAGACCGCUGUGAAAUCAGAGAAGAAAGAGGAAGGAGCUCAGCCCGGUCCUAUUCCAGUAUCGCAAACCAAGGUGGAGGGACAGGAUGUGGGCGAUAUACCUGACGAGUAA